AUGGCUGCUCCUCCCUGUGCUGCCAGCCCAGUGGCUGCAGGAAUGUUUCAAACCAAGUGCCUCGAGCGUCACUUCUGGCUUUCUGUCAAGUCCAGCUUCCUUGCUCCGACGGUUCGAUUUUACUUCGAAGACCAGUCUGGAUUUCACCUCCUGACUUAUCAGGAAGUCACUCUGUGCGGCUACACCAUCCUGAUCAAUGACGUUGGAGACCUUGUGUUUCGUGCCUCGUUCCUGGCUUGUCACGUCAGUCAGAGAGGAACAGACUAUCAUCUGCGUCUGUGGUUCUUAAAUAUUCAGGCGGAUGGCAAAGCGACAGCGCACCCGUUUCAGCUUCACUGCUCAAUGCAGGGGCAGUGGAGCACGAGAGAGAUCAUCUGUGAGGAAAACUACAUGGAGAUCUCCUUGCAGCCACCUAUACUACCUGUCAUGUCCCAAAAUAAGAAGGAUGGACUUGAUGAGGCAGAUGUGGCUGUUAUGUUCAACACAGGCGAUCCGGGGUCAGAGGAAGCCAUGUUGUUGUCGCUAAGACAAGCUUCUGCGCUCGGUUACCACAUCUUUCUGCACAAUUCACGUCUCAUCCUCCGCUGUCCCUAUUCCUCCCCGCUGUCAUAUUUCGUCAAGGAAAAAGGAGUGGAUCUAGAGAUCGUCAGUGCAGUCAUCUUGUACAGAGCUGCCUUCCUGGCUGUUGACAUCUCUGUUACCUGUGCUCUGAGUGAGGCCACAGCAGAUGGUUCUGACCUGCUGUGGACCGUCCCCUAUGCUGUUUCUCCUCUAGUUCAUGGGCAGUUCAGGGACAGGGGCGUAAGGAUCGACGUGAACGGCCAUUUUCUGAGUGAAUCUGACAUCGCAGAGAGAGGUUACAAGGUCGCCCUGCGGGAGGGGCGAGUCGAGAGUGGUGCUCUUAGGGGGCAGUACAGUCAGUCCAUGUCAGUGGAUCUGCUGUUUAUGAGUCAGUGGGAGGACCAGCGCUGGCCUCUCACACAACAUCGCUCUUUCAGGCUCCUUAAGACUCCUCUCAUUCCUCAAACCCUGGUUUUGACCAAAGAUGAAGGCUCACCCAGCGGACUGCUUUCAGUCACUUUAGGCCUCUUCACAGCUCAAGUGCACCUCAAGAGGGUGACGGUAGACGGCGGCGGUAACCUCUUAACCUGGUCCCACAAUCCUCACAGACGCAGCGACGCAGACCUCGAGGUGUUCAAGCUUUCCCACUCCAACGGGAGCCACUCCUACCAGCUACGUCUUCCGUUAUCACAUUCCAAAAUAAUCCCAGAGCGUAUAGGUGGUGGGUAUAAGAUGUACAGCCUUACUUUCAUCUUUACUCUUUCCAUCUCACCCAGUGGAGAGGUCUUUCACCAUCAAGCCACUGUAGAGCACAGUAUCCAAUAUGAAGAUCCAGCUUCACCCUGGCUGGAGGGGAAGUGCACAGAGAGCAGCCUGCUGGUGCUGCUGCACUAUGGAGCUCAGGAUGAGCUGCAGUGGGAGCUCUUUCUCGGAGCCCGCAAGCUGGAUUGGAACCUGGUGGAGAUGGGUGGAUUCAUAGUGGAGUCGGAGGAGAACUACUUGACUGUGAAGAUCCCCUUCUACAGCCCUGGGAUGACUUAUGAAGAGCUGACAUUGCAGGGUCUUGUUGCUGGAGUCCAAGUGUCUGUUGUGGAAGCAGAAACUCUGAAAGAACAUGAUAGCCUUGUCCAUAAAUGUAGCUUUCCUGUUCGAGAACUUCUAGUAUGUUUGCCUGAAGGGAGGAUGGUGGUUAUAGUUGACACCACACACACCAUCCCACCCACCCCGCCCAACCGGACCACCCUAUUGGAUCCCACCUGUGUUCCUAUGGAGACGGACAGUGCUAGAGCGCUGUUUAGUUUCAGCGUCAACUCCUGCGGGACAACUGUGACUGUUGAUGGAAACUUUCUGGUUUAUGAAAACCAGAUCAGUUACCCUAAAGACGUUCUGUCUUUGAACGAUCCUGUCAUACGCAGAGAUUCUCCUUACAGGCUGACGAUCCAGUGCCGCUACCCUGCAAACGAUACGAGAGUUCGUAUGGAGUGUCAUGAUCGUUACUUCAUGAUAGCUAUUGAUCUCUCGCUUGCUGGCAAUGAACCUCACUUUGAAGCUGUUGAUGAAGGAUCGUAUGACAGUGGCUACAUAAUGUGGGAAACUCCAGAGGCGCUGUAUCCAUGGCUCGACAGCACACAGAUCAAUCUUGGACUCAAUGGUGAACUUUUGAUGCAGUCAGUUGCUGAGGAGAGAGGCUACAUUGUGGAGAAACGCAACACCACAGUCCACAUCAGCAUCCCUUACAAUGCUGAAGGAGGAUACAGAAAGGUGGAAAAACAGGGCCAGAAAAGCUUAAUGUCUGGAGACCUCUACGAGUAUUACAUCUUGCAUUUCUAUUUGGAGCAAAUCUCACGGAAGAAGGAUCGUAUCGACACCAGACUUCGUUUUCGUGGGACACUUGUCACCCCUCUCAUGCUGCGCCACAUUUUUACCGAAAACAGAACAGUCCUUGAGGAUCGUACAUUCACAGUGUACCUCGGAGAUGUCCCUGAAGACAUUAGGUUGACUGCUGUUCAUUUGAAUGGACAGCUGACAAAUGCAAGUGUCCACACCAUCAUCAAAGUUGUUCAACCCAACAACACACACGGCUACACUGUGAAGGUGCCUUUUGAUGAUCCUGUUGUGAUACAGCAGUUCCGCAAAGAAAAUGCAGCAUUGGUAUACAGGCUAGACAUCAACUAUACACUGACUGUUGAGCCUGAAGAUAAAACCUAUUACCACAGAGCAUCAGUCAUGGCAUUAACGGAUGUCUCUCCUCCAGCUCUUGACGCCGUCUGUUCUGAGUCCGGGAUCAGCUUCAAACUGGACCACCGGCCUUUUGACUACCUGUGGGACAUCAGCGUUGGCACAGACCUGCUGACAUCAGAGCUGGCAGCCCAACACGGCUACAUCUUGACAAAUGAUAGCCAGAGUCUGCUGCUCAAUGUGCCACUCUUUACUGAUGGGUAUCAAUACGAGAAUGUUACACUGAAGGGAUUCUUUGCCACUUUUGAGAUCCUAGUGAGGGAUCGUCAAACAUCAUCAGUUCAGAGCUCCACUGUCAAGACGUGUCCAUUCACUGAAACUGAACUCAUUGUGUGUUCGACUGAUGGUAGGGUGACCGUGGUGGUUGACUUGUCUCUGGCCAUCCCAAGUGGAGAUAUCCCUGCAAGAACGAGCCUCUUGAACAAGGAUUGUGGACCCAAAGAGACAGACGGCACCAGAGCUCUCUUCUCUUUUUCUGUCAAUAGCUGCGGAUCCAUCGCCAAGGUCUACAGAGUCCCACCACGAAACCCACCACCACUACUAAACCCACUACUAGACGCGUCACAAGACCCGUCCCACUACGACCUGCUUACCCCCUUCCUGCCCAUUUUAACAAAGACCACUGCCAACGUAUAA